GAGCUGCCGUUCAGGCGGGGCCGGGGCCGGGGCGCUGCGGCCGGAUGUUGCUGCGCGGGGCGCGCGGCCUGGCGGGGGCGCGCCGGGGGGACCCCCGGGAUGGCGCCGGCUGCUGCGGGGGGGUGCUCACGGCAGGGACCCGGCACCCCCACCCCACCACUGUCUGCGGCCUUCGGGAACGUUCGGACACCCCGGCAAAGGCCAGCGGCACCUCGGACACCCCGGGGAGCGGCGGCAGGACGGGCACCCCUCAGGGUGAGGGGGGGGUCCCUCCUGCUGCCCCCCCGAUCCCCCCGCCGCCCACGCACUGCUGCGGGACCGGCUGCCCCAACUGCGUCUGGGUCGGGUACGUGGAGGAGCUGCUGGAGCGGUGCCGGGACGGGGGCGCGCAGGCCUUGGCCGCCGUCGAGGAGCAUGUGGAGGACGAGAACGUUAAAAUGAUCCUCAAGAUGGAGAUCAGGCUGCGCAUGGAGAAGGACUGAUCCUUUCCCAGCCCCCAAAAAAACAGCGGGUGACACCCCCGGAGUCUCUGCUCCAGGCUGGAUGGCGGGAUCUGGACUCAGCUUGCUUAUUUAAAGUAUUUAUUUGUGUGUGUUGGGCUCUGGGGAUGGUCUGACCCCCCCCACCCCAGGGACUUGUGCAGCGUCGAGCGCGGGGUCCCGUGUGAGUUCGAUCCCGGCGGUGCCCAGGGGACCCUGCCCUUGGGGACGGCAGCAGCUCACGCGUGUCCUGAGCCCCGGAUUUCCUGGCAGGCGGAUGCCGUGCUCCCCCGGGAUGGAAAAUCCCCUCCAAGGACAGGCUGGUGUGACACCCCCCCAGCCCUCCCCGCGCUGCUGCUCUUGCCUCGUCCUUGCGCUCCCCAGCUUGGAUUUUAAGCCCCUUCUGCGGCUUGGCCAUGACCUGGUGACUGGGGAGGGCUGGGGCGCCGCGUCGGAGCCCCCCCCACCCCACCAGACCCCCCCUCCCCACUGGCACCCUAAGCCUCUUAGGGGCUUCUCAGGUGAAGGGCUCGCAGGGGAGGCUCCCGGGGCUGCCAGCCCCUGCUCCAGGCAGGAGGUGCGGGCAGCGUGCGGCCCCGAGCACGUGGGGCCCGGCAGCCUCCCGGCAAGGGCACCGUCCCCAGCUCCAGCACUGAGGUCACAGCCUGCGGGCUGUUCCUCAUGGUGCCUUUUCUUCCUCGAUUGCCUUUGCCUCCACCUUGAAAUCCCAUCUAUUUGGCCCAGCACAGCACAUCCUCCCUUCCACCCCAACUGGCUGGGCUGGGGGACUCGCGGGCUGCUGGCCGUCAGGACCCCCGCAGACCCCCCCCGUCCUCCGGGGACGGGCUCCCCGAGGAGCCACGAAGCCCUUGAGCAGCGCUCGCUAGCGAAACACAAGCUGGAAGCAGCAAUUAACACCAGGGCCCUGCUCUUUGCUGGAGAAGUAGCUGGUUCUGCCGGCUUCGUUCUCCCGGAUCCCUGUAAUCCUAUUUGUUGGAACCCAACUAAUUGCAAUUAGUGGCAGGGGCUGAAGUUCAAUUAAAGCGUACUGAGAUUAUUC